CCUGCGACCAGCAGGGAAGUGAGUGCGGGCAGCACGUUGCCGAUGUGCACCAGGCAGGGAGAGCGGCUAGUUCAGCGCCAUGUCCGAGAGCCAGGUGCAGCUAUGUACCGCGGCCACAGAGCCGGGGGGGAGCGUGUCCCUGCCUCAGAAGCGCUAUUACCGGCAGAGGGCGCACUCCAACCCCAUGGCUGAUCACACCUUCCAGUAUCCUGUUACACCAGAAGAAAUGGAUUGGUCACAAUAUUAUCCUGAAUACUUCAAGCCUUUAUCACUGGAUAGUUCUCAUGAUGACACGAAGGACUUGUCGGAGGUGAAGAAGCAGGAAUAUGCAGUCGAAUUUGCAGACAUUGGCUGUGGAUAUGGUGGUUUGCUGGUUGAGUUGUCUCCGUUGUUUCCAAACGCACUCAUGCUUGGACUGGAGAUACGUGUCAAAGUAUCAGACUAUGUGCGAGACAGGAUCAAGUCUUUGAGGGCGUCCCACCCCGGCCAGUACCAGAACAUUGCCUGUAUCAGGAGUAACGCUAUGAAGUACCUUCCCAACUUCUUCAAGAAAGCACAGCUUAGUAAAAUGUUCUUCCUGUUUCCGGACCCUCACUUUAAGAAGACGAAACAUAAAUGGAGGAUCAUCAGUUCCACGCUGUUGGCAGAAUAUGCUUACGUGCUACGUGUUGGGGGGCUGGUUUAUACGAUUACAGAUGUGGAAGAAGUUCACGAGUGGAUGGUGACACACUUCACGGAACAUCCUCUUUUUGAGAGGGUUUCAAAAGAACAACUGGUAAGACCGUGUCCUGUAAUACAGCUUCAUCCGUGUAAUGCACUUCUCACACGUCAUAAAUUUUUCUACUACUUUCGUCUUGUGAAAUAAGUGGUUAGCUUCCCUUAACGGGGUGGUUUUCUCUGUCCUUGAACCCUCUUCUGUUUAUAUCCAUCAUGUGCGAGGGCUCAUUGGUGCUCUUUGUCAGAUAUAUAUGUCAUAGUGAUCUUGCAGGCACUGCGGUUGUACCCACGGGAUCAGUGGAGGAAGCACAGCUGAUUACACCUAGCUGGAUUCUUACCACAACUGAUGACGCUGAUCCCAGUCGUGUAACCGCCUAGAUGCCGCGGUCAAUAGUGACCAUGGCAUCUCAUCAGUUAGACUGAAAGGAAGAGGGAUCCUCUGUAAAAUGUUCCCCUUUACCCAGUCCAUCCCCUCUUAACAGAAUGUCCGUCCAUCAGUUUGUGACCUUAAGCUCAAGGGUACUUGGGUUCUGCAGCAGGACAAUGAUCCGAAUCGCACCAGUGUGUCCACCUCUGGCUGAAAAACAAACAAAAUGAAGGUUUUGGAGUGGCCUAGUCAAAGUCUGGGCUUAGAUCUGAUUGAGAUGCUGGAGCAUGACCUUAAACAGGCCAUUCACGCUCAAACCAUCCAAUGUGGCUGAAUUAAAACAAUUAUGCAAAAAAGAGUGGGCCACAGAGAUGUGAAGGUUAUCUCAAAUUCUUGAUAGCAGUUGUUGCCGGCAAGGGUGGCACAGCCGGUUAGUAGGUUUAGGGGGCAAUUACUUUUUCACAUAGGGUUGGUUUGGAUUCAUUUUUUAUCCUUAAUCAAAGAAAUCCACAUUUAUAAACUGCAUUUUUGUAUUUACUCAGGUUAUCUUUGAUAUUCAAAUUUGUUUGAUAAUCUGAAAAGAAAUCUGUAAAGGGGUAAAUACUUUUUCCCAGCACUGUAGGUGUGGGUUCCACCUCUGGGCCCUGCACCUUUCUGACAUUGGUGGCACAUCCUUGUCUUCUUCUG